CGUCCCUGCUCCUUCAUCGUCACCUGGUAUGUCCCUGAAUCAGUGGCAGAGAAAUUGAAGACUAAUGUGCCUGAAAACAUUCUGUGGAGAUAUUCUGCUACUCAACUGGAUAUCGAUGGUUGUUGUGUUUUUCACAUACACAAGCCUAAGGAUGAAGAAGAGAUUAUCCCUUAUGCCUCCUCUCGCUACACUGUUGAGCAACUGACGGAUCUAUUCAGAAGUAAUGUUCUAGUCCAUGGCAGACAACCCAGGCGCAGCAGAUCCCUCAAUGAUCUCCAUGUUAUCCCUCACUCUCAACAUCCCAAUGGUGCAUUCAGUCACCCUGAUACAGACAUACGUGAAAUGAGCAGGAGCAGCAUUGACACUGGCUACAGCAGCACCACAAACUCACCUUACCAUGCCUUGAGCGUCAUAAAUGGAUCUUCCCGUGCCUCUAGCUUCCUAAGUGGAUCCUCCCGUGCCUCUAGCUUCCUAAGUGGAUCCUCCCGUGCCUCUAGCCUCCUAAGUGGAUCCUCCCGUGCAUCUAGCUUCCUAAGUGGAUCAGAAUAUGGAAUCGGUGAACCGUAUGAUGUGGCAGUGGAGACAGCAAGUAAAACUAAACCAAUCCCUCUAGUAGCAAAAAAGGAGAGGCCACACCAUGAUUUUCGAAAAAAGCUUCUUCGUGGGAUGUCUCGUGUUAGCUCAUCAACUUUUUUCACAUGGAAAGUCCUGCGAGUGGACCUUUUAAAGCAAAUCUGGAGACACCAAUCCCAGGCCAACAUCACCCAUCCUUUAAAACUUGAACUCUAUGCAAAUCAAGGAAAGCACAAUCCUAAGCUAACAUUCCAGAUCUAUCCAUAUGGUCUUCACGGAGAUGAGGGAAAUGCAGUCACAUUGGCUGUACGAAUCGCGACCCCCGACAAAUGUCAUCCAUUACCUCUCUCUUCAGAGAUACAACUGAUGUUGUUGGUUUUGGAUGAGGAAGGAGUCGAGGUUAACAGAUGUCCAACUGUCACCGAGAAAUUGAGCAACAUCAGUAUAUUCUACAUACCCGCAGUCAUCACACACACCCAGCUAACGGAGUCAAAGUAUUUUAAUCUGGAGGUUAAUGUGAUGUGCAGUGGCAUAGUUCAGUAAAGUAUUUUUGAUUUUUAUAGGUCGGAAAAAAUGUUUUAAAAACCAC